AUGUCCAACCAUAGAUACAACUCUUGGCUGAAGACCAAGAAGAAGGGCGAACUCGAGAAUCUUGCCGAGUCUGUUGGCCUGUCAGAUAUCGACGGCUAUAAGAAAGAUGACCUUGGUGUGGCUCUUGAUAACUUCCUCACUGAGAACUCGACGCGCUUUCUCGCCAACCCCGAGCUCGCUGGCUACUUCAACAGUCGCUCUAAGGCCCAAGGAUCUCCAAUCAAGAAAGAAGUGUUCCGUGAAGAUGCCCUGAAGGUAGUCCGAAGACGACCUUCCAAGGCCGUGGAAGAAGUGACCCCCGACGACGAUGCCUCUUCCCCCCAAGCUCCAUCGACAGCACUCAUCGAGACUCCUGGUCGCGCUCUGUCCGAGGUCGCAUCGCGCAUUGCGCUUCCAGCCACUCCCGCUGAUGUUGCUCUCGCUGUUGAUCGCUCCACUAGUAUUGUGCGCCAGCGCGUCUCGUCCCUUUACGAGGAGAGUGGAAUCACCGAGGUCAGUCAUGCGACUCGCGACACUCUCAGUACCGUCACCAGCAUCCUAUUCUGUGUCGCGGGCUGGGAGCUUUGGAACGUUCGCCGCGAAAUUCUGAGCAAUGUUUACGCGUUCACAAUUCCCGCCAUCAGCACACUCGGUACAUCGGACUACCCUGUCUAUGUUCCCGAUAUGUUCCUUCUUUUGACAUCCAGCUUCUGGUCUCCAGCCUUGACUUGGAUACUGACCAGCGUCAUCAUCCCCUCUUUUGCUGGUUACUUCUUCAACCUGAGCGCGACAAGCCCCCCACCUUCGCGCGGACGCCCUCGCCCAAGCCACGCGGACUAUGUUGUCGAUCCCUUGACUUUCAGCAUCGUCAAAGCCUUGGUUUCAUUCGUUGUUUACGGGCAAGGCGUUAAUUUUGGCGGUCUUCUGAACGAUCUGUCUAUAAUGCGCCUCGAGAACGCCAUUUAUGGCGGCUAUAAGGGUAUCCUGACUGGCACUGCUGUCACCGCCGUGGUCAGCAUUUAUGACGCCGUUCUGAGGAAGUAA